AUGUCUACAGGAAGAAGUUCAACGCGCCCAUCACGACUUCAGUUCAAGCUAAACUUUGUUUCUGCAUCGUCACAAAAAAUAAUUUCCACUCCAGAGCUAAUAAAGAGGCUAACGAACUUAUUUGGAGAAGUUUCCGUAAUGGAUCAAGAGCAAGUUGAUCUCGAGUCUUUAAAAGGUGCAACUCGCGAAUUGAUUAACACAAAUUUAAUAAGUCACAAAGAUCAGGGAGUUAAGGCUUAUGUAGCUUGUUGUAUAUCGGAUUUGCUGAGACUAUAUGCACCAGAUGCACCAUAUAAUGCCCGUGAACUCAAAAAUAUUGAUGAUAAAGAUGGUCCUUAUUUUGAUCUAUAUUUCCAUCUGCUUGAGAAUUUAGCAAGAGUUAAAAUAGUAUUAUUGAUAUUGGAUCUUCCAAACUGUGAAGAACUCUUGAUUGAAUUAUUCAGAGAUUUCUUUGAUAUAAUUAGGUCAGAUAUGUCAAAUAUUGUUCAUUCACAUAUGGUGGACAUUCUUGAACAACUAAUUAAUGACAGUGAUGGGCUACCUCAAGAUAUGAUCGAUAUUAUACUUGCACAAUUUUUAAAGCAGCGAAAAGAUGAAAAUCCGGCGGCUUAUCAAUUGGCCAGCGAAGUCUGCAAUCGAGCAACGGAUAAGUUACAACGAUACGUUUGUCAGCUUCAAGUAUCAACAAAUCGGCGUACUCAGUAUUUUACAGAUGUUAUCGUUGAAGCUGAUAGAAAUGGGACAUCUACAGAAGAGCUGAAUAACUUUAAAACAGCUCAUGAUCUUAUCAAAGAGUUGAAUAGAGCUGCACCAGGAUUGUUGUUAAAUGUCAUACCUCAAUUGGAGGAGGAAUUGAAAUUGGAUGAUACUCCUUUACGUUUGCUUGCCACACAAGUUCUUGGAGAAAUGUUCUCCGAGAAAGAUUCCACUUUAGCUAGUCGUUACGACAACGUUUGGAAAAUGUGGCUACUUAGACGAAAUGAUAAAACAACUGACAUUCGAUGUGCUUGGGUAGAAUAUUGUUUACCUCUUUACAUUAAUCACCAUGAGUUGGCUAUACAGAUAAAUGAGGCAAUAAUCUCCAAAAUGUUGGAUGUAGAUGAUAAAGUUAGAAUUGCUGUAUGCAAAGUUUUUGGACAAUUAGAAUAUGAGUGUGCUUCUAAACUUGUGGGAAAAGAAUUAUUUGUUGAGAUAGCUCAACGUUGUCGUGAUCGUAAACACGGAGUUAGACAAGAGGCAAUCAAAGCUUUGGCACGUUUAUAUAAUAUGGCUUAUAUCGAAAUUGUUUGUGUUGAAAAGGCAAUGCAUGAAGAAAUAUUAGCAUUCAACAAUGGAGAUUCGGCGCGUAUGGACCGAAUUAUUGGUGAUCCUAAUAACGAAAAAUUGGCGAAUAUUUUGAAUCAAACCAUUGAACGUAUUUCGGAAAAACUUCCGGACCCAAUGAAAUCAAAAAAUAAUUUGUCAACAUUUGCGAAACUCCAGGAUACGCGCGUUUAUAAAUUAAUCCGAGAUUGUAUGAAUCCACAGUCAGAUUAUAAAACUGUACGAAGUUCUGCCAAGGAUGCACUUAACAGGAUUGAACAGAUAGCCGCAUCAUCAUUUGAAACAUUUUCGAUUUUAAUACGACGAAUUAGCUUAACAAUAAUUAAUAGAGAUUUGGUUCCUUUGCUUAUGAACAAAAUUAAAUCUGUUGAUGGUGAACAACAAAAUGCUCAUUCAAUUAUCGCCUAUGAGUUAUUUACGGAAAUCUCUUCCCGAUUUCCGGUUAUAUUUCGAUCGCAUCUUGAAAGACUAACUACUCUUCUUAAGGAAGAGGACGAAAGCGCAACGAUUGUCGAGAACAGCUUAGAGGCACUUUCUAAAUUCGCAAAGGCUUUUCCCGAUGAAGUACCUCAUGAUAGCCAAUGUGCACUUUAUACGCCCACGAUUUAUGAACAAGAAAGUAAUACUAUUGCGAAUUUCAUAAUCAAAGAAUUAAUUAUGAAAAAUCAUAAUGCAAAUGUUGUAGACAAAACCGUAUGGGUUGAUGAUAAUGAGCUUGAUGAUGAGUGUAAAGCAAAGGUUUUGGGCAUAAAAGUUCUUGUUAAUCGUUUACUUACUAUAACGGAUGCAGAGAAUGCACUCGAUUUAUCAAAGCCAGUUUUUAAAUUGCUUUGGAAAUUAAUAAGAGAAGGUGGUGAACUUCUUCCUGAUAAAUCUACAAGGCCAUCACACAAGAGUCGUUUGCGAUUAGCCGCUGUUCGUUCCGUAUUGAAACUAGCAAGGAAAACGAUUUACGAUUCAAUGAUUCCUUUUGCGGAAUUUCAAGGGCUGGCACAAAUGAUACAAGAUAAAUGUUAUAAUAUUCGUUUUGCGUUCGCUUCACAACUGAUAAAAUAUUGUGGUAAACAUCAACUUACCACGCGAUUUUUGUCUAUAUUCUUUUUAAUCGCACAUGAUCCAGAUGUAACAAUUCGUGAAAUGGUCGGAGCUUUUCUAACGAGAUAUUCUCUUGCAUCAAGAGCGAUUCGUGACAAAUCUAUGCAUUUGGAAAUGUCACUAGUUCAGCUUAUUCACCUUCUUUCCCAUCAUCCUGAUUUUUCCCGUGAAACAGAUACUCUUAACGAAUUUGUUGUAUAUAUCGACUUUUACUUGGAUACAAUUGCGAACGCAGAAAAUAUCUCUCUAUUAUCAUACUUAGUUUGCCGAUUAAAACAUGUUCGAGAUGUGCAUUCCCCGGAUCAAUGCGAGAAUUUGUAUAUUCUGAGCGAUUUGUCUCAAUACCUUAUCCGAAUUAAGUGUAAAUCUCAUUCAUGGACCUUACUUGAAUUCCCUGGACAAGUUGAACUACCCAGUAACUUAUUUAAAAGCUUGCCAAAUCCUGAAGUUAGAUCUGAAAUUAUGAAAAAGAACCAUAUCCCCAACGAAUUUCUUAAAUUAUUAGAUAUGAAACUUGAAUCUAUCAAUAGUAAAAGUAGUAAAAGUGAAAAGUCAAAAUUAAAUAAAAGAGGGCCAAAGCCUUCGGGUCAAGCUUCUAAUAAGAAACGUAAAGCUGAUGAUUAUCGUGGAAUUCCAUCUACCUCAACACGAAAAGCUGCUAAAUCUAAUAUAAAAUCAAUGGCGAUUAUAUCAACGAGUAGUGAAGAAGAAUUGGAGUCCAAUGAUACUUCUGAAGCAGAAAGUGAUGUAGAAUUGAACGACGAUGGCGAAUAA